AUGCGAGAAGCGGCGGUGGAGAGGGGACCGGUGCUGGAGGGGGAGGCGAUGGUGGAGCGGAGGGGGGAGGCGAGGCGGCGUGGGGCGUUCCGAGUGCACCCGACGAGCAUCAGCUUGUUUGCUGUCGUCAGCACUUACCGCACUGGCCAGGACAGCUUCAUGGUGGUGGGGUGGGUGAGUCGCCUCGCCGCUGGGCGGUCAGGUGCACUUCGAGCCAUUCAAACCAUCUUCACCGUUACUUGGAUAAUCAAAGCCUCCACGUUCCUCGCCCUCCCCUCCCUCCCAUGCGUGCUGUUGCUGGGCAGCUUCAUGGUGGUGGGGUGGGUGAGUCGCUGCUGGGCGCUCAGCUUCAUGGUGGUGGGAGAGUCGCUGCUGGGCGCUCAUCUGCACUUUGCGGGCGCACUGGUGGACGAGUGCAUGUGGCAGGGCGAGGGGGAGGGGGACGGGGGAGGGAAGGAGCCCACGGUCGUUACUCCAGCACAGACCUUGCAUGUGAGUGGCACGCGCGUGGCAUGA